GAAACGUGACCGUCGGCUUCCGAAUACCGAACGCUAUUUAGCAGCCUCUCUCUCUCCACUACCAUGUCGGCUAUAACAUUCGCUCGUCAAGCUUUUAACAGGGAAAAGCCACAUUCGUCAAUCACAGAUUGGGUCGAUAUCCUUACGGCAAAUCAUGUUGAGGAGGAGGCUUAUGAUGGGAUACCUGAAUUAGUCGACUCCAUCAAUCUACAAGGUCUUACUGGCACUAGUGAAGCCUCUCGAGCACUUCGAAAGAAGCUGAAGCAUGGCGGAUCUCAUCAGCAGUACCGCUCUCUCGUGAUAUUGAAAGCUCUAGUUGAGAAUUGUGGCGAUAAAUUCAAAACCUCCUUCGCUGAUGGUCAGCUUACCGAUGCAUUGCGUCAAAUCGCUGGAGACCGAACCGCCGACAAGCGAGUGCAGAAGAAGCUCAAGCUAGUUCUGAUAUCAUGGCAUGAACAGUUCAAGACAGAUCCAUCCAUGCGCUCUGUAUCUGAGCUAUACCACAUGUGCAGGGAUAUACAACCCGCCAAACCCGCGAUAGAUCCGAUAGAGGUAGAAGCUGCUCAUAGACGAGCAGAGAAAGAGGAGGCAAAACGGAAGGCCAAAUCAGAGAAGGAGGAGGCACGUAAGAAGGAAGAGGCCGAGCGAUUAAAGCAGAAGCAGAUGAAGAAUAGGCCGAAGCGUGCCCCAUUCAAUUUUGAGCAGGAAAAGCCUAAAGUCCUGAGUAGUAUUGUAGAAGCUUCUCAAGCCUCUAGUAAUCUGGUCAACGCAAUAACGCUCGUCAAUCCAGAGAAAGAAAGCCUUCAGUCCAGCGAACGUGUUCAAGAUUGUUUAGCAAAGGCUAAACUAGCACGGAAACCAAUUGUGCGAUAUAUACAGCUCGUCGAGAAUGAGGAAGUGAUUGGUGUCCUCAUUGAAACCAACGAUCGUAUCAUUGCUGCGCUGGAGAUGUACGAUAAUAUGUCCUCCCCAGAUUCCAAAUCCGACCAAAGCUCUGCCAUCGUUGCAGGAUUAGCCGCUACGCAUAUCGGUCCAGAAAGCGAGGUUAUAAAAUUACAGGAGAAGCAGAAAGCCGCCGUGCAGAAGGCCAAAAUGAAUGGUUCUCUACGAAGCGAUUCAACAGGCGGUAUAUACGCAGACUUGGAAGAUUUAAAUUUCGGGACACUCGGUGCAUCAUCGAGCAAUCUUCCACCUCCGUUACGCCCGACUAGCAUGUCUGGGGAGAGCACCGGAGUUGGAGCUGAUACACGUGGUUCGCUCUCAGACUUCAGUGAUUAUGAGUCUUCAGAUGAGGAGACUCACAACGCAAGAGUCUCGUCGAAGUAUGCUACCGAUGAUUACUACACAUCUGAUGAUGAUGGGGCAAAUGGGUCUCGAGGUAUGAAGACGGUGAAGACCAAGGCAUCUAUCGACGAUCCUUUUGCUGAUCCUUUUGCGGACUGAGGGGAAUAUACUGUAUCUAUAAUCAAGAUUGUAUAUAUAUAUGUAAGUCUUGAACUGCGCAAUUAUACUUUUAUCCACUCUUCAAGAUUUCCACUUCACAACUGUGUUUCGAGAUCCGGUCCCUAGCCAGUACGGUUUCAAUACUGCUGGUAAUGUUAUCGAAACAGGUUCUCCCGCUUCGUCAAAUUCUACCCCAUUCUCAAUCAAGGCGACUAUCAAGCGUGGAAUGGCGGCGGCAGUUCC